CGCUGCACCAGCUUCCGCAUUCGAAGGCUCGCGGUUGCUACAUGCCAUCCUCGUCUCCAAUGAGACUGCGCAUGCCACCGACAGCGAAUGCGAAUAAGUCCUUGACCAGCCUAGCGUGAACAGAGCCUGGAGACAUGAUCCAAGGGAGUGCUUCUCCGCCAUGCAUCCAUCGUCCAUCAUCUUCCUUUCACUCACUCUCUCAUCUCCUCUCCAGACUUUGCAUUACCAGCCAGUAACCUCCAACCUCGUUCCUAUUACCCUCAUGCCGAGGCCAGAUCCGCAUUGCGCAGGCCUGACGCAAACCGCAUCAGACCUCACAUUUCCUUUGUCCCACAACAACAAUACUAAGCACCCACCACAAAGCACACGACAACCCACCUCACACUCAAGAACAAUAUCAAGCCACCAACACAGGAUCCAGCCAGUCUACAAGAAAGCCACCGCCCUCCCUUCAAGCCAUAUCCUUUCAUCCCCUCCUCAAGAGAACAACGAACCACCCAAGAUUACACCGACCCCCAGUCCAAAACCUUACAAAUACCACCCCCGCCGCUCCCAACUCUGCACUUCUUCCUCCUCUCCACCCACACGCAAACAUCAGACAGUAAGAUCCAACUACACACACUCCUUAGUACAUCCCACCCUGUCCCCAACACACCCCAUACACAACCCAGCUAACAUCCCCCACAGACUACCACCAACCCAACCAACCCCAAACAACCAGCAAAAAUGCUCUCUUCCACCAUCAUGCUCUCCCUUCCCAACGAGCGCGCCUACCAAUGGUCCGGCUGCACCAUCCAGCGUGCUUACCAGUGGUCCGGCUGCACGAUUCAGCGUGCGUACCAGUGGUCCGGCUGCAGUGUGCAGAACGCGCCGGUGGAUGCCGCGCCGGUGGACGAGCGCGCGUACCAGUGGAGUGGGUGUGCGAUUCAGAAGAGCUUGUAAGCUCGGAUUGCGUUGAAGAUGGAAUGGAGUGACCUGUCGCUUCGCGUAGGUUUUGUCUUUUUCGUGGUUUAGGUUUUCUUGUAUUUAUAUUUCCUUACAUUCAGGCCGUCAAAGUAAUACCCCGUGCCUUUCUUCGUGACCUUAUCCUCCACAGUAAGUCGACCGCUUCGAAUCCAAUUCGACACCUCGUGUCU